GCAUCUUUCUCCACGCCGCCUUUUCCCGUGGAGCGUCACUAGCCAGCCCGAGACACGGCGGGCGGGACAUGUCUCCGCCGCUCCUCCUCGCUGUCCCCAACAAGGGACAUCUUCCAAGCAGGCUGUAGUGCUGUUUGCCCCUGAUCGCCUCCGUCAGAGAUGCCGCUUCUGGAAAGAAACACGACCGGCGACCCAAAAGGGUUGCCUAAGGUCCCUGUGCCCCCCCUCAAGCAAACCCUGGACACCUACCUGAGGUGUGUGCGACACCUGGUGAAGGCGGAGCAGUUCGACAAAACCAAGGCCAUGGUGGAGAAGUUUGGUGCUGCGGGCGGCGUUGGGGAGGUCCUGCAGAAGAAGCUCCUGGAGAGGAGGGACAAGAUGGAGAACUGGGUGUACGACUACUGGCUGGAGGACAUGUACCUGAACAACAGGUUGGCCCUCCCGGUCAACUCCAGUCCGGUCAUGGUGUUCCCUAAGCAGACCUUCAAGGACCGUAAGGACGCCCUCAGAUAUGGCGCUGGUCUCAUCAGAGGCGUGUUGGAGUACAAGGCCCUCAUUGAUACGCGAGCGCUCCCGGUGGAGUUCGCCCGAGGCCAGCUGGCUGGGACUCCUCUGUGCAUGGAGCAGUACGGCCGCCUGUUCACCUCGUACCGCUACCCGGGCCUGAAAACAGACACGCUAAAGGUCCAGAUGAACGCAGCCUCCUCGCCAUCGGAGCACGUCAUCGUGGCGUGCAAGAACCAGUUUUUCGUGUUGGAUGUGGUCACCAACAGCAAGCCGCUCACUGAGGAGGAGAUCUUAUCCCAACUGGAGAAAAUCACGUCAAUGGCAGGAAAUGAGGAAGAAAGAUCCCCUCCUUUCGGUAUCCUGACGUCCGAUGGGAGAACAGAGUGGGCGCGAGCCAGGGACAUCCUGACAAAAGAUCAAACCAACAGGGACUCUUUGGGACUGAUCGAGAGCUGCCUGUGUGUGCUUUGCCUGGAUGAACCCAGUGGGAUGAAGCCCAGUGACACAAACCGGGCCCUGCUGAUGCUUCAUGGUGGCGGUCAGGAGAAAAAUGGUGCAAAUCGCUGGUACGACAAGUCCAUGCAGUUUGUUGUAGGAAUGGACGGAAUAUGCGGAGUGGUGUGCGACCAUUCCCCGUUUGAGGGCGUCGUUCUGGUGCAAUGCUCAGAAUAUCUGACUAAAUAUGUGGCUGGGACUCCAUCAGAGGCCGGGAAACUGGCGAGCGCAAGAAAGCUUCCUGCCCCGAGAAGACUGCUCUGGAAAUGCAACCCGCAAAUCCAGGGACUGUUUGCGGCAUCAGGAGAGCGACUCCAGAGGCUGGUGAACAAUCUGGACAUGGAGGUUUUCCAAUUCAAAGAUUACGGAAAAGAAUUCAUCAAGAAGCAGAAAAUGAGUCCGGACGCGUUUGUGCAAGUCGCCCUGCAGCUUGCAUUUUUCAAGUGCAACGGAAAGCUGGUCUCCACAUACGAGAGCGCGUCCAUCAGACGCUUCCGAAACGGCCGGGUGGAUAACAUUCGCUCGGCGACUGCCGAAGCCUUGGCCUUUGUCAAAUCCAUGACGGAUGAGAGGACCGCGUACAGCGAUUCAGAAAAAAUGAAAAGACUGAGGGAUGCUAUCAAUGCCCAGACCAACUACACCAUUGCAGCUAUUACAGGAAUGGCAAUAGACAAUCAUCUCCUUGGACUACUGAAGACCUCAAAGGAGCUCAACAUGGAGCGGCCCGAGAUCUUUUGCGACGAGAUCUAUCUGACCAGCAACCAGUUCAUCCUUUCCACCAGUCAGGUGCCGACCACCGUGGAAAUGUUCUGCUGCUACGGCCCGGUGGUGCCCAACGGCUACGGCGCCUGUUACAACCCGCAGCCCGACCACAUCGUCUUCUGCGUGUCCAGUUUCUGGGAGAGCACGCAGACCAGCUCGGCGGUGUUCGCCAAAGCUCUGAACGAGGGCCUGCUGGAAAUCCGGGAUCUGUGCAACGCUGCGACCAAGGUGGCGCAAGACGCCCGCGGCCAGGGAAGUGGCAAGCCUCACCGAUCAGGGACAUAAUAUGUUAAGAGGGAUCAUAUGUGCAAUGGAGUUCCUUUCACACCAAGAUGCAAGGCCUUAUCAUCAUCACGUGACUUUCAUAUGUACAGUAAAUGUGACUAGAUUUGACUUGUUUUGUGACUCAGCAGACGGAGCAGUCUGCUGCCUUUAGGAAAACCGAAGCCAUGUCCUCUUUACGGCAACUCCUCUAUCAGACUGUGGCUGACAUGAGUGAUCCCAAUGUUCUCCAACAUAUAUCCACGCAGUAGCGUAGUCCAUGUAGAGCAGGCCUGGGCAAUUAUUUCGACUCGGGACGGCCGGUAUAUCUAUUUUUAAGAACACUAAUACAAAACGUCACAAUAAUGUCUGAUUGAAUGCUAAAAACGUUAUGACAGACCGCCUUAAAAAACGUAAUGGAAUUGUACAUUUUUCUAUGAAGGAUAAAACACUGAAUAUUGACAAAAUAUGAAUGUCACACCCUCUUUCGAUCGACAUAUUGUACAAUCAAGUGAAACGCAACAAACAGUGAAAUAUGAACGCGAAGGGUACAAAAUAAUCCCACCUACAAUCUGAUAUAUCGGAUAUAUCACUAAGCUUUGGAACUUUGUCAUGAAAAUCUCCUUCCGCGUCUGUGGAAACGCUCCCCGCCCACACUGCUUGGUGCCUCGUCUGAGCUGCUGUGACGUAGAUUACCAUAGUAACGAAUUAGAUGACCAUAGUAACUGGUACAUCAUCCCAAAGCGCAGAUUCCAACCAUUGAAAUACUUGGUAUAGUUCAAGACUUACGGUCAUUAGAAAACAUCACUGCACAUCAUAAUGGCGGCUACACUUUCCAUCUUAAAGAUCUCAAAAAAUGAUUUGGGAAUGUCCGGCGGGCCAGAUUGAAAAGCUCAAUUUUCUUAAUUUGCCCAGGUCUGAGGUCUACUGUAGUUUGCUUUGUGUUUGUUGACUGUUUAGAUGCAGUUGAACAAGAGUGCUCAUUUGAUGCCGCUGAAAAGUUGCCAAAGAGGUUGUGUAAAUGCAAAUGUGUGAGUCUUGAGUUGUGUGUGUGUGUGUGUGUGAGUGUUUUAGGCUAGGGGUGUCCAGUCUUUUCCACCCCAAAAAACAUGCGGGGCCAUUUUGACAUUUUUCCUUUUCGAAACCGAUACAAUAUGUAGAUUUUUUUAACCGUUCGGGCUCCCCUUAAGUCUGUCUCCCAGGACCCAAAAGGGUCCUGGGAAACAAUUUAAAAUUUUUCAAUUUUCUUUAAUUUUUAUAAAUAAUAUAUAUGUAUAUAUAUUUUUUUUACAUAAUUAUUAAACGUUUAAAAAUCUAGAUCUACAUCAAUUCCAGGUCUAUUUGUGGAUAUGAAGUCACAAUUUUUUAAAUGUUUUAUACCAUUUUUGUCCCCCCGCCCCAAAAAAAACACUUUUUUACGGCAAAAACUCAAAAUAAGCAUUAUGUCCACCAAAAGUGCAAUAUUUGAUGUGAAGUAAUGGAGUCUUAAAUGUGGCAAUAAUUCAUAACAAAUGAUCCAAAAGGACUUAUAAAAUUGUUAAAAAUAAGACAUAGUUAUUUUUUAAUUUAAAAAAAACAACUUUCAACAGUCUCUAGAUCAGGGGUCCCCAAACUACAGCCCAGGGCCCAAAAUCGCGGGAAGUUCCAAGUUAAAAGAAAAAGUAAAUUUUUGUCAUUUUUUUUUAAAUUAUUUUUUCAAAUCUGUCCUUUCUAAUCCAUUUUCUACCGCUUGUUACUCUCGUGGUCUAUUAGCCGUUUAGGCAAAUCAUAUUGUCUAAAAAUGCAUUUUCCAAUCGA